AUGCCUCUUCUCCUUGAUGCAUGUGAUAGUGUUAGGGAAUUUUGCAGGCAAGAUAAGCCAUGGAGAAUUAAGGCACGUGUGAUUAGAUUGUGGGAACCUUCUCAAGAACUGAGUUCAAUGAACUUUUACUCUAUGGAGAUGAUACUCCAAGAUAUUAAAGGGGACAAAAUGCAUGGAGUUGUCUGCAAGAAUCAUUCACUAAACCAGGUUGUUACAGAGGGUUGUGCAUACAUAAUACAUGGAUUCAAGGUGAUUUGGAAUGAUGGUACCUAUCACUUUAUGGGUCAGAAACUGAGGUUGCUAUUCAGCAGUUCCACCAUGUUUAUUCUUACUGAAGACAAGAGAAUCUCUCUGGAUGGUUUGUCUUUUCUUGACACAAGAAAAAUCCAACGUGUCAGGAAUCCCACUCAACCUUUAAUAGAUAUUAUGGGGAUGUUGACUGCUGCUUCAGCUGAGAGGAUUUGGAUAAGCGAUGCUGUUUUGCAGAAAAUGAUUGCUGUUGAUCUACAAGACACAAAGGGUUCUAUAAGGGUUGUUAUAAUAGGUGAUCAUGCUGAGUUUUUGAGCAACUUCCUUUGCUCUAACUGGACACGAAGGCCUAUACUGGCACUCCAACUUGUGAGAGUUAAGAUAGAACAAGAUAAGUUAUAUGUGUUUUCAAUGGCACCUGUGUCCAGGCUUUUUGUGAAUCCAACUUUUGAUGGUGCUCUGGAUUUGGUAGAUAGACUAGAGGCUAUGGGUGUAAGGCAAGCUGAACCAGUUGAAUAUAUUUGGCCCAAUGAAGAUCAGUCUCAUAUCAGAGAUGAGAUGCUUAGUCUUUACCCUAGGAAAACAAUCACCCAACUCAUAGAGACCACUGAGGAUGGAAUAUUCGUUGUUCACGCUGGAAUUGUUGGUUUGAUCAGAGAUGGUCAUUGGUCUUAUCCCUCCUGCCGAUGCUAUGCUGAACUUCUUGGAUUAGGUGGUAGAUUUGAAUGCUUGAAAUGUUGCAGAAUUGUAGGAAAUAUGCAAAGAAGGUACCGGCUGAAACUUGAGGUCUUUGAUGGCUAUGCCAGUUCCAUAUUUGUGCUGCAUGACUCUGAGACUAGACAUUUUAUGAAUUUAUCAUGCGAGGAUUUGAUUCUGAAUAUGCAGCAAUCAAUGGAGGACCCAUUUGAGGAGGACUACCCAACUGUACUUGAAGAAAAAAUUGUUGGUAGGGAGGUGUUAUUCCAAGUCAUAAAUGAUUGUUCAUAUCAAUUCAAUGGGGGUGAAUGUUUUGAUGUAAUGAGAAUAUGUGAAGAUCAUCAACUCAUUGAUGAGUUCCACAACUUGCAGCUGGUUGUUACCCCCAAGAAGUCCAUAUUCAAACCAAAGUUCUCUGUGAUUGAUCCAACACCUAAGAACCAAGAGAAUGUGAUAAAUAGUUCAGUAAAUUCAUCUGCUACUGAGGGCAGGAGAGAUUAUUGUAAAACCACCAAUCAAGAGGAAGCUGAUUCUUGA